CGCACACCGUCCUCGGAGUCGCCCGCGCCGCCAGUCGCGGGAUCCCUGAACCGCGGGCGGCCCCGGGCUCCCUCCGCCGGCCAUGGCCUCCCCGCCCACCUGCCGCGCCCCGAGGCCGCCGCCGCUGCUGCUGCUGCUGCUGGGCGUCGCGCUGCUGGGCGCCGGGGCGCGCGCCGAGCCCGCCGCCGGGAGCGCCGUCCCCGCGCAGAGCCGCCCGUGCGUCGACUGCCACGCGUUCGAGUUCAUGCAGCGCGCCCUGCAGGACCUGCGCAAGACGGCCUACAGCCUGGACGCGCGGACAGACACCCUCCUGCUGCAGGCUGAACGCCGGGCCCUGUGCGCCUGCUGGCCCUCGGGGCGCUGACCACCCGGGGCCAGCUCUGCUCCCUGCCAGUAAACACCCACCAGCAUUCCCGUGUCCCGCCUCCCUGCUCCAGCCUCUGCUGUGCCGUCCCUGGGAGCUCCCGGCUGGGCCCUCCGGGGCCUAGCUCUCAGCCUGCUACACCGCUCCCUGUGCGCCACACCCCGGGGUGCUCCCUGACCUGCCUUGCCCUGAGGCUGGGCAUGGAGACACUGGCCCGGCUCCCGGAGGCUCCUCUGCAAUGGGUGGCUGGGGCUGGGGGCUCUGGGGAGGCUGAGCUGGUGGGAGGGGGGAGGGGAGCUAGCAGGGGUCCAUUUUCACAGCCACGCCCCUGUGCACCUGCCAGGGGUCUCCACGUAGAGCACAUCACCUCCCUGUGGUUCAUUCUGUAAAUAUUUUAAGUAAAAUUAGAGGCUUUUAUCAAAGCAGUGUGUGCUUAUUGUUAGGCAGUCCAGGGGCGCAGGGGGGCAUGGAGGGAGUGAGUGCCACUCCCUGCAGGCAGGACGCUGCCCCGGCGCCGCGGGGCGCACCUGCACCGCCUUCCCAGGAAGGUGCCCGGGCCUUCACCCGCUCAUUCCACCAUGGAGGGGCCCGUGAUCCUCACUGCUUACCUGUCUGGGCAGGGCCCCUCAGGCCAGGUCUCUGUGCACACACACUGCUCCCGCGGCAGCCCGGCCAUGGUGGGGAGGGUCCCUGUGGCCCCGGGAGCAGGCCAGUGAGGGACCCCGUGGGGACGGAGGCCGCCAGGCCAGGGUUCCUGGCCUGGGCGAUGCCGGCGGGGUGCAGGGGAGGCCAGCGGCUGAGGCUUCCCUGGCCAGACUGCACAAGUCAGAUAGAGGUGUUGUGUGCCCUGGGCCAGGCAUCGUCCAUCCGCCUGUGCGCCUGUGUGUGUGGUCUGUAACCUUGACCCCAUGCAACCCUUGGGACUCCUAACUAUAAAAGGUGGGGGGUGGGGCAGAGCUGCUCCACUUCCCAUCCAGCUUCCUGCUGAGGCCUGGGAAAAGCAGAAGACGGCCCCUGCACCCACCCGGGAGGCCUGGGAGCGGCUCCUGGCUUCUGGCCCAGCACCAGUGCUUGUGGCCAUGGGGGGGGGGGGUGAACCGGCGGGUGGGAGAUUCUCUCUCUCCCCUUCUCUGUA